AUGGAUCCUUCUCCCGAGGUCAAACUCCCUCAGGUUACUGCUGAACAGAUCCUCCUGGAAUCUCGAAAGCAGCAAGAAGCAGAAAUCCAAGCACCAAAACAAAAGCUUACAAACUCAAUAGAACUCCUCGAGUAUCAUCUCCUCAAAUUUGAAGACGAAAUUUCCCGUGAAAGCUGGAACAUCGGUGCCUGGAUCAACUAUGCCAAAUGGCGCGAGUCCCUAAAGGAUUUCAUGGGAGCACGAAUCGUGUGGCAUCGCGCUGUGAAAGUUAAUGAUCAGAACUGCUCUCUUUGGCUCAAUUACGCUAAAUUUGAGAUGAAGAACAAAUUCUUCAACCACGCAAGGGAUGUUUGGAACCGUGCCGUCACAGUUCUCCCACACGUGGACGUGCUCUGGUACAAGUACAUCCACAUGGAAGAGAUGUUAGGGAACAUUGGUAGAGCUCGCCAGAUUUUUGAACGCUGGAUGUCUUGGAUGCCAGACCAACGAGUCUGGCUUUCUUACAUCGAUUUCGAGCUUCGCUGCAAUGAAGUUGUUUAUGCUCGUUUAAUUUACGAGCGUUUCAUUGAGUGCCACCCCAAAGUCGGAGCUUGGAUUACAUAUGCCAAAUCUGAAAUGAGGAAUGGGGAGAUUGUACGAGCAAGGAAUGUUUAUGAACAGGCGACGGAGAAGCUGGCAGAUGAAGAAGAUGUGGAGCCGUUGUUUAUUGCGUUUGCUGAGUUUGAGGAACAGUGUAAGGAAACAGAACGAGCUCGUCGUAUAUACAAGUCUGCUCUUGAUCAUAUACCAAAAGGAAGGGCGGAGAAUUUGUAUGGAAAGUUUGUGGCUUUUGAGAAGCAAUAUGGAGAUAAGGAAGGGAUUGAGGAUGCCAUUGGAGGGAAGAAUCCGCUGAAUUAUGAUGGUGGUGCGGUCAGUUAUGAGGAAUACAUUGAUUAUGUAUUCCCAGAAGAAAAACAGUCCAUGAAUCUCAAGAUUUUAGAAGCUGCUUUCAAGUGGAAAAAGCACAGGAUCUCUUCUGAUGAGGAUUAG